UCUCUUUUCUCAAAACUCUCAAAAGUUGCUGGGGAAACUAUACAUGCCGAGAAUUUUUGGAGAUUGCCAGACACAUUGCGAUGCGAGAAACAGAAUUUUCCGGAUUCGUUUGAACAAAGGACUCCAUGGUACUCCGAAGAAUUACUAGAAGAAAUGGAAGCCCUGAAUACAAAAAUCAAUAGAUUCACAUCUGGAUUAUAUGCUUCUCCUGAAAAACCGAAUAGACUAGAUAUUGGAAAAGAAAUCAGAAAGCUACGAUGUGGUCCUUUGAUAUCCGAUAUUUUUGGAAGAAUGCUACAGAAACUGGACUGCAUAUACUCUCAAAAUAGAGCAGGAAGGUCCAGUGGUUGUUCAGAGAAAACCUGGAAGAUGAAGUACUACGCCUAUUCUUCGCACGACAUGACCCUAUAUUCUUUGCUAACUGCUAUGGGUCUUGAAGACCUCACUUCGAUGGAAAUCGGAAGUUGGCCAUCAUAUGCAUCUUCACUGUUUGUAGAACUUUUCAUUCGAAAACAAGACAAGAAUCCUUAUUUUCGGGUAAGUUACUUUUUCGCACAAAUGCGAUUUGUAUUUUUCGCUGUCAUUUCAAGUGCUUUCUUUUAUGAAGUUUCUACAAACACAAAUGAUGUUGUACCGAAGGAGAUGGAACUCAUUUUUGUGCAUACUAUUUGGAGACACGGAGAUCGAAGUCCAGAUGGACACCUGAAUAAUGACCCUGUGGAUCCAAUGAGAUGGAUCAAAGGAGGAGGUGGAUAUGGUCAGCUGACUCCGGAAGGCAUGGAGCAGCAGUUCAUUUUAGGAAAGAAAUUGAGAGAUCUUUAUGUCGAAACUGGAUUCUUACAUAAUUUUUACGAUUCUCAGCAGUAUAUCCGAAUAACUUCACAAGUGUCUGAACUUUUCAACAAUACAUUUACAUGGGAUAACCUAUGGAAAGUGCACGACGCGGUUAUGAUUCAAUUAAUACACUUUCCCGAAGCAGUCCAUAAUCAAAGUUGGUUUUCUGAAAACUUUUUCGAAGAACUGGAGGAAUUGGAACGUCCAUCAAAAGCAUUUGUUUCUGGUCUUUACGAUCCACCAAUCGUGAAAGGAAUCAAUCACGACCACACCGUUUACGCACUUCUGGCGAUUCUUGGAUUAGAAAGUAUCGUUGACGGUCCUGAAAAAUAUGGAGAAUGGCCCGACUAUGCGUCAGAUAUCCUCGUCGAACUCUUUCACAACAGCACUGACCGGUCACCUUAUUUUAGAAUACUGUAUCAGAAGAAUAUCAAUCAUACGUUCGAAGUAAUCACUCCUCAAAUAAAAAAAUGCGAACAUCGACAAUUCUGCAGCCUGAAUGUGUUCGAACACUACGCUAAAGAGUUCAGGCCAGAUCGACCGAUUCAAGAAUUCUGCCAAACACCACCAGGAGAAGACAACCGCAUCGCAACAUGGAUCAACAACAAUCUACUCCGACGGACAGAGCCAUCAUCAGCUAGU